UAUAAAACCAGGAGCCCAGCGUCCGUGUCACUCACUCUUGCGCUGCGUUCAUAAAGUCCGCAAGACACCUCGCACACCCCGGCCCUCUCCUCGAUCAGAUCAAGAUGCAGAUGAAGGUGGUCGCCGUGGCCGUGGUCCUCGUGUCCAUGUUCGUCUGGGCCGAGGCACGCUACGCCUGGGAUGAGAACGUGCAGGCAGAAGAACCUGACCAGGUGGGCCAGGUGCGCGACUUACUGAUCUCAUUAAUGCGCUCGCUGACCGACAAGGCACAGGAGGGCAUCACCCAAGUGCAGAACAACGAGCUCGCCCAGCAGGCCGGACAACAACUGAAGGAUGGUGCUGAUGCUGUGACCCAGUACAGCCGUGAUUUCCUCUCCAAGCUCUCAGAGUUCUGGUCAACACUGGGCAAGCAGUAGAGAUGAUACCGCAUUGAAACUACACAAUGCCCACACACAAAUGCAGCACGCAUCUCAACCACGGCUUUCAUGUACGCACGCACGCACCCACGUAACAGCGACACGGUGAAAACACGAACGCAGGCAAGUCUUUUGACACCUGACUCUUCCCCAGUGGAAAGCCUUGAUCCCAGUCGACACGUGUUUCGCAAGCAUGCGAGCAUCUGCACGGAUAUGGUUCGGACCCAACAUACAAACAGUCCAGAAGAAGAAAUACAAUGUUGUUGUUGUUGUUGCGAAAGUGUACGGUUAUCCGUUAUAACAAACAUUGAGCUUUCACGCUAAUGAGCGAAUGUUUUAAUUAAACACAUUUCUAAAACGUCUCUACAAUUUGUACUCAUUUAGGUCACGGACACAUGGACGUAAUCGUUUAUUAAUAAAGUUUGAAAUGUU